AUGGAGGGUUCAUAUGCUGUGGAUAGCAAGAAGAGACUACAAGAAGCAUCUACCUGCAAUACUGUCGAUGGUAGUAAAGUGAUAUGCUUUAAACACCGUUCAAUCGAUUCAACUACUCGAGACAGUGAAAUAAACAAUCGAAUGAUGACGAACCAGAUCGACAGACUUUCGGCGGACGUGACCUACUAUGCAGCACAUGUAAUCGAAUUCUACAAGUUCCUGGCACGAAAUUCUGGACGAAGACGAAUGCAAUUUCAAUUUCAAAAACUAUACCGGAAAUCCGUGUGUUGUGUUGUAGUUUUUUUAAUUGUAAGCUCUAUUUUUACAACGACAGAUGCUUGUUCGAGUCGAACAACACCAAAGCCACGGCCACCCAGCUCGACACCUAGACCAAAUAUAACGUUUCAUACUUAUAAGUGUCCUCCAGCCUAUGCGGCAUGGUAUUGUCUCAAUGACGCCACCUGUUUUACUGUGAAGAUUGGAGAUUCGUUGUUGUACAAUUGCGAAUGUGCUGAUGGAUACAUGGGCCCCCGUUGCGAAUACAAGGAUUUAGAUGGUUCAUAUUUGCCCACUCGUCCGAGAGUUAUGCUGGAGACAGCCAGUAUAGCCAGUGGGGCCAUCGGAUCAUUAGUUUUAAUUGUAAUUGGCUGGUGCUGUUGGUGUAUUCGAAGACAUCAGCAACGCAAAUGGUCGGGAAAAGAAAAUGGUGUUGACACGGUCGAUUCUCCCGGUGUGGUACACAUUGUACACAGUGAAAGAUUACUUCGUCCUUUUGGUACUCAUCAUCUAAAAACGAUUCCUAUGAGUGAUUCAUUUAAGUGAUUAACAUUCAAAUCAAACCAGCAGGGUAGAUUGUGUUCGACUAUCUGAACGAAGAUGAAAGGAGCGAAG